UCAUCAUGGAACACAUGACAAAGAACAUGGGAACUUAGAAUCGUGGCAACUAAAUCAAUAACAUGAAAAGCUUCUAUACUGCCGUUUACCUCUUCACUGGUAUCACUGCCGCUAUCGCUACCCAGAAGAAGAACCUCAUAAUCGAAACAGACCUCUUCAGUGAUGUCGAUGAUGCUGGUGCCCUGUUGCUUGCAGCAACUUCCCUGAACAUAAAUCUAUUAGCUGUGAACAUCAAUCACCCAUCGACCUACUCCGCCCUCGCCGCUUCAGCAAUCUUAGCACACUAUGGACAUCCCAAGAUCCCAAUCGGAAUCCGGCAUCCGCUAACAAAUGCCACCUUCUUCGAUAGCUGGUACUUUGCUCUUGGCGAGUACACCAGCAAAGUCGCCUUCCACUGGUCUGGCGGGUCCUUGCCCUGGGGACAUGUCGAGGAGGCCUGGGAUCCGGUGGCGCUGUACCGGAAGGUGCUGAGCGAGGCUGAGGAUGGCAGCGUGACUAUUGCAUCAAUUGGCUUCCUUGAUAAUCUCUCAGGACUGCUGAACUCGACCGCUGACUCCUAUUCCGACCUUAGCGGCCGUGAUCUCAUUGCCCACAAGGUUGCCGAGCUAGUCAUUAUGGGCGGCGGCUACCCGUCGGGGUACAGUUGGAACUUCUGGGGCUCGAAUGGUAGUCUCGCCGCGCACGUUGUUAAUACGUGGGAGGGACAGAUGGUGUUUGUCGGCGACGACGUUGGCAAGGAUGUCAAGUCGGGUGGGGAGCUUAUGUCUGCAGGGCCAAAGACGGAUCCAGUGCGGAUGGCGUAUAUUUACUACUCAUACUAUGAACCGACGUCUUCGUGGGAUCCGCUGGCUACUCUGUAUGCCAUUGGUGGGCUGGGGGAGUUGUUCAAAUAUGGAAAUGAGUAUGGAUACAACCAUGUCAACGCCAAUGGGGCGAAUCGAUGGGUGUGGGAUCGGAAAGUGCAGAACCAGUUCUUUCUGAGGUUGAAGGUUAGCAAUGAAACAGCUGCGCAGGAGCUAGAUCGGUUGUUUCUCAAAGGGGCAUUGUCAGUCGUGGAACAGCAUACAGCAGAAGCACCACGAAGAAAGCAUGUAGGUUCGGCACAUACAGAGUUAUAACUUUUUAGAUAAAAUUCUCUCUACAGAUAUAUUUAACUAACACCUGAAACGCCCC